UGAGUCUGGUUCAGACAUGGGUCCUGGCUGCAGCUCGUGGUGGAGGCGGCUCCUCCUCGUACUCGCCCUGAGCCUGGGGGCCUCUGCAGACCCUCAGUUCCUGGUGGUGCUCCCUGCGGUGGUGGAGUCUGGGAGUACGGUGAAGUUCUGCAUGAGUCUGCUGCAGGUCUCUGAGGAGCUGAACUUCACCGUGAGUCUGAUCAAAGACGAGAAGACGAGUUUACUCACAGACACAGUGGACGACGACACAAACACCUGCAGGACAUUUCAGGCUCCUGUUGUUGAAGAUUCUGAAAUCCAGAAUUUUGAGUUUGAAAUCAAAGGAAAAAACUUUCAACGAUGGGAAACUCACAAAAUCCAAAUCAAGAACCACGGACUGAAAACGUUUAUCCAGACCGACAAACCCCUGUACCUGCCCGGGCAGACAGUGCAUUUUCGAGUGGUGACGUUGGACUCGAAGCUGAGACCUGCAAAUGGUUCGUACGAACUCGUGGAGAUGAAGGAUUACCGUGGUAACCGUGUGGCUCAGUGGUUGGAGCAAAGUUCGUCCGGGAGGAUCCUACAGUUGACCUUUGACCUUGACCCUCAUGCCGUAGAGGGAACCUACUCUGUGUCUGUGAAGGUCAAAGGUCAGAGGCACCCCGUCACUCACACAUUCGUGGUGGAGAAGUACGUUCUGCCAAAGUUUUCUGUUGAAGUGGAGGCUCCAGAUGAAGUCAGCAUCGCUCUGGAAGAACUCUCCUUUAAAGUGUGUACAAAAUACACGUUUGGUCAGUCGGUGCCGGGGCAGGUGGAGGUCAGUGUGUGCAGAGACUUUGAACCACAGAGAUACAGCCCAAGUCCAAAAGUAAACCCCCCUGUGUGCCACAAAGAAGUACAGGAGGUGCCCAAAGAUGGCUGUGCGUCCUUCUCCAUUCCAACAUCUCAGUUUAAAAACAUCUCUCGGAUGGAAGCUGCAUACAGCAUAAACGCCAUGAUGAUCGAAGAGGGAACAGACCUGAAGCAGUCUGUGACACAGAAGAUCAAGAUCUCGUAUGAAAUUGGAAAAGUGGAGUUUGUGAAUCCUCCCAACAGAUACAACCCUGGUGAAGUACUGGAGCUGCAGGUGAAGGUGGUGCAUUAUAAUAACACACCAGUCUCCCACACUGAGGUCCAUCUGAUCACAGAAGAUGACGAUGAGCUCCAAAAGCUGAAGACUGACCAGGACGGACACGUUACCUUCAGCUUCAACACCAGCUCCUACUCAGACUCUGUCGGUCUCAUGGCCAGUCUGUAUGAACAUGACAGGCACAGUCACUUGGAGCCUCACUUCAGCACUGCGUUUCUGCAGCUGCAGGAGAUCAAACCUGUCUCCCUCCACACCAGGACCACCAGUUCUCUGGAGGUCAAGGGGGAGGACCGGACCCUGGCGUGCGGGGACAAAGAGAGCUUCACUGUGGGCUACUCCAUCGUGGGCGAGGGCCAAGGGACCAUCAACAUCAUCUACCUGGUCCUGUCCAGAGGAGUCAUCGUUAAAUAUGGACAUUACAGCUCGUACUUGGACACAAUGAUGGAAGGGGAGUUGACCUUUGACCUGGAGAUCACAGGUGACCUGGUGCCCGCUGUGACCGUGGUGACCUACGCCGUCCUGCCCAGUGCCAAUGUCAUCGCCACAUCCAGAGAGUACUCCACAGAGAAGUGCUUCACCAACAAGGUGCAGGUGCAGUUCUCUCCUCCCUCCUCCGUCCCCGGGGAGGACAGCUCUCUCUCCGUCUCCGCUGCUCCUCUGUCUCUGUGUGGACUCAGCGCCGUGGACAAGAGCGUCCUCAUCCAGAAACCAGGGAAAAGUCUGGACCCAGACAAGUUCCUGUCCCUUUUGCCGGUCCAAAGGUCAGAGUCUUUUCCUGAUAGUAUUGAGGACCCUCAGGAGUGUACAAAAGUGCGCUCCAGACGAGAUAUUAUUCUCCGAGAGAGGAACAACGAGGAUGUUUACCACGAACUCAAGAAGCGAGGACUCAAACUGGUGACCAACCUCUUCAUCCGGACGCCCUCUUGUGUGAACUUCAGAGGGAUCGAGUACCACGGGCAGUCCCCCGGACUGUACAGAACCGGCAUCAGGUUUUCAGAUAUUCCUGUGAUGAUGAAUAUGAUAAUUCCUGAGGCGCUAAUAGAGUAUGACAGUGAUUCUCCUCCUCCUCCUCCUCCCAUCGUCACGGUCCGGACCUUCUUCCCCGAGACCUGGAUCUGGGACCUUAUGGAAGUGGGACCCUCGGGCCAGGCGUCUCUGUCCGUCUCCGUCCCAGACACGAUCACGUCCUGGGAGACGGACGCCUUCUGCCUGUCCUCGGAUCAGGGAAUCGGACUGGCAGCCCGGCAGCAGCUCACCGUGUUCCAGCCCUUCUUCCUGGAGCAGGUCCUGCCCUAUUCCAUCAUCCGAGGAGAGAGCUUCAUCCUGAAGGCCACGGUCUUCAACUACCUCCAGUCCUGCAUCAUGAUGGACGUGCAGGCGGCGCCCUCUGCUGGCUUCACCCUCACGCCUCUGUCCUCAGACCAGUACAGGUCGUGUCUCUGCGGCAACGAGCGCAAGACCCUGAGCUGGAUCCUGCUCGCCUCCUCCCUCGGUGAGGUAAACGUUACGGUGACAGCAGAGGCGGUUUCUUCUGACGUCCCGUGUGAUAACGAGGUCCAGAGCCUCCCCGAGCGAGGACGCAAGGACGUGGUGACGAGGACGCUCCGGGUCAAAGCUGAAGGAACAGAAGUGUCCAAGACCUUCAACUGGCUCCUCUGCCCCAAAGGCCCGUGCCUUCGUCUACAUCGACCCAACAAAGAUCACCCUGUCCCGGACUUGGCUCAUGAGCCGACAGAAGGACGACGGGGUGGAGUGUCCGAUGACGUCACCCUCAGCGCUUACAUCACAGCUGCUUUUCUGGAGAUGAACAUGACAGAAUCUGACUCGGUGGUAGAACGUAGCCUCUCGUGUCUGAAGAACCACUCGGAGAACCUGGAGAACCUCUACACCACAGCUCUGAUGGCCUAUGUGUUCAGUUUGGCUGGAGACACAGAGACUCGCGCUCAGCUCCUCCACAGACUGAGCUCCCGAGCCACAGACGAAGGUGGUCAGGUGCACUGGUCUUCUUCUUCUUCUUCUUCUUCUCUGUCGGUGGAGAUCUCGUCGUACGUGCUCCUCUCCGUCCUCACGGCGCCCUCUGUGGGUGUGGAGGACCUGAGCUACGCCUCCAAGAUCGUGCGCUGGCUCACAGGACAACAGAACCCCUAUGGAGGCUUCCAGUCCACUCACUUACAGAACCCCUAUGGAGGCUUCCAGUCCACUCAGGACACAGUGGUGGCGCUGCAGGCUCUGUCCCUGUACUCUGCUGUGGUCUACAGUCCGGACGGGUCCAGCACGGUCCUGGUCCGGGAUCUGAACCGGCCCACAGAGGGGUCUUUGUCCUUCACCGUGGAGCCGAGCAACAAGCUGCUGUACCAGGAGCGCCCUCUGGGGGGCGCCGCGGGGCAGUACAGUGUGGAGGUGACAGGGAGCGCCUGCACCUCCAUACAGGUCUCUCUGUUCUAUAACGUCCCGGUUCCGUCUGAGGUCCGGACUCUGGGGGUGAAGGUCGAGACUCAGAUGGAGUGCGGCGGCUCGGUGCUCCAGCUCCUCCUACAGGCCGAAUACGGUGGAGAGCAGAACAGCACAAACAUGGUGAUCCUGGACGUGAAGAUGCUCUCAGGGUUUGUGCCUCAUGAAGCGUCUCUGAAGAACCUGGAGUCUGAGUCUGGAGUCGACCGAGUGGAGCGGAACGAAGAUCACAUCCUCCUCUACAUCAAAGAGUUGUCUAAAGAUGUGCCCGUGUCCUUCCGUCUGCGUCUGGUUGAGGAAAUUCAGGUCCAGAGCCUCAAACCUGCUGUGGUCAGAAUCUACGACUACUACCAACCAAGUGACGAGGCAGAGACAGAGUACACGUCCCCGUGUGCUGCUCCAAACAAACACUGAACAUUUUAUAAACAGUAAAUUACAAAUAAACAAACAACAAACGAA